AUGUCGUUCUCUAGCUUUUACGAGCAACCACUUCGACAAAUUCUUUCCGAAGUUGUCAAAUUUAACAAACGCGAAAAAGCCCGUCACGACGCGAACAUCUCAGCUACGUCAAGCAAAGCCCUUCCAUAUAUUGCACUCGAUGCUCCACAAAUUGACUUCGUCGAGGCCACUCCAAAAGUAAAUGAACCUUCCCUGGUUGGUAUUGAUCGGGCCCUUCGCCAGAUCAAGACCGCACGGAAGUUACUUGGAUUUGAAGAUUCUGCACCAAACGGUGUCGUUUCAGUCAUUCCUAUCAAGACCAAACAACGUAACACUGUCCCAGCUGUUACCGACGCAGGGCUUGAUCGAAUCAGGGCCGCUCACCCUAUAUCUGACGUUACAGAUUCACCAAUCGAGGCCUCUCGGAGAGUAUUAGGAAGGGAUGAAACUCUAUCAAAUGACGCUGUUCCACUUGUUCCGGUCAAAUCUAAAGCGCGCAGUUCUGUUCCGGUUGCGACUGACGUAGAACUUGACCAAACCACAGACGCCCAAUUUACACCUGAUAUUACAGAUCCACAAAAGGCCUCCCAGGCAAUAGCUGGAAGUGAAGAAGCUGUGUCACACAAGGCAAUUUCAAUUGUUCCGGUCAAACUCCAAGAACGUAGUGCCGUUACAGUGGCUACUGAUGCAGGACUUGACCGGAUUAAGGCCGCUCUCUGCACUCCCGAUGUUACAGAUUCGAGUGUUAGAGUCGCCAGCUCUACCUCCGACGUUGUAGUCCCACUAGUCAAAGUCUGCAAAUACUUCUUGAGUCGCAAAGGAUGCAGAUACAAGAAUAACUGUCAAUCAUUUCACGAUCACGAUGCGAAGUCUAAGCUUAAGGAACAAUGGGCGGCCAACGAUACCAAGAAGAAGCUUGAGCAAGUUCGCACUGGUCAACAGGCUAGCUAUACGAGAGAAGUUCUUGCACCUAAGAAUCACAAUUCAAAUAUCUCUGUUGCUGUGGCCAAAUCUUCAAAGCUCUCCCCAGAACGUCCACCUAAAACGAAGAGGCCAGCUUGCAAAAACUUUCAUUCUCCUAAUGGCUGUGUUCGGAAGAAUUGCCAGUUUCCGCACGAGGAACCGGAAAAGCUUAUUGACGACACCGUUCCUGGUGAAGUCUCAGAAGCUUCCAACAUCAUCUCAAGCAGUCAAGUCCCCAAAUUCCCUAAGGCCAUCUCACGUAAACACAAGACCAAAAAAUCUCCCAAAGCCACGGUCAUCAAAACUUCUGAGCCUGAGCAGGUCUUGUCGGCUGCCAAGCCUAUCGUAUGGGAAGGCAAUCCUAAUUUGGGUGAUGAGGCCUAUUGCACCAGAGCCAUUCUCCAAAUAUUUGGCAAAUUCGCUCCGACGAAAGAGGAAGCUAUUGAAUGGUGUAAAGAGAUGGGCGCAAAUCGAAACUUUCGGCAUUUCGUCAACCUUGACAAUCUCGCUAUGUGGGGUCGGGCCAUCAAUCUGAAUACCGAUGAGUUUCUAACCCAUAUCGGAUAUCUACCAGACCUACCUGUACGAUUCACAUUCAAGGUGCAGCUCUAUAUCAAACAACUUAGAGCCGCCUAUGAAGCAGAACAGGCGAGGCCAAAGUAUGAUAUUUUCCAUUGUUUCGAUGACCUUCCUAACGAGUUGUGUAUGAAGAUCUGGGGAUUUGCAGUCAGAAGAGGGAGAACUCUUACAGUCAGUCUUAACCAGGGUACGAUUUAUACUGAAGGGGGUCCUGGUUUAUUCAAACGUCGACGUGGAACUUCACCUUCACCAUUAUGGCUUGUUAACAAGCAAGCGCAGAAGGCAUGCAUGAUGGAUAAAAGCUGUGCAUUCUACUUUGGCUGCGAUUAUUUCUCCUCGCGAUUCGAUACAUUAUUUCUCCACGAUUCCGCGGACAAUAUCAAUCUUUAUGCUGCUCAAAUUGCCUUAUGGAGAGGCAACGUUGUACAACGAUUAUCCUUUCCUCAUUACAGACUUUGCGACGUCACAGAUAUGCGUCGCUUUGCCACUAGUCUCUACAAUGCUUUCCCAAAUCUUAUUCGCCUCGAAUUUAGUCUUUCAGAUGGAGAGUACUGGUCCAAAUACCGAGAGAAGGCUUCUAAAGUUGUCGAAGGAGCUAAUACUGAAAUUGCCAAGGUAUAUAAGAGACGUGGUGCUGACAUCAAAUUACCACGCGUUCGUUUUGUCCUGGUACCAGAAGAACAAGCUAUGGGAUUGGGUAUUGGUGGUAUUGGCUGGUAG